UAAGCUAUAUAUAACUAUCCUUAUUUAUAUACUUUGUGAUCAACACGAUAUAUUGUCUCUUCAAUUUCUUCUUACUUUUAUAAACAGCUAAUAUCAAUCUCAGAAAUACAAUAUGAACAACAACCAGAACAUAGAGUACCAAGCUGGCGAGGCCAAGGCCAAAGCCGAGGAAAAGGGCAGCCAGAUGAAGGAACAGGCUAGCAAUGCCGCACAGUCCGCCCAAGACUCAAUUCAGCAGGCUGGACAACAGAUGAAAGAAAAAGCACAAGAUGCAACCGAGGCAGUGAAGAAUGCGACUGGGACAAACAAGUGAAUCCCAUUGAUCAAUCACCAUCUUAUCUCAUAAUGAGAACGCGCUCUCCAUUUCUUUUUUAUUCAGUUUAAUUGUUUCACAUUUUUUUGCAUUUUCUCUAAGUUAUCUUUGAACAAAAGAUACACAGAUAUUACGAAGCUUGUUUCGAUAAGAUUUACAGAUUUGCAAUUUCUCUGAGUUUCUUUGUAUCAUCAAUGUGAUGUUGGAUACUUGGAUUAUAUGGAUUUAUUAUAUCCUUAUAUUAA